AUGGCUAGAUCCAAGCAGAAUGAUCACGUGCGACACCUCGGCCUGCUUAAUGGCAUUGCGCUGGUUCUCGGAAUCCAGAUUGGAUCAGGGCUUUUCUCAUCUCCAUCACUAGUGGUUCGCAACACUGGAUCUGAGCAAGUCGCCCUCCUGGUCUGGAUCGCGGCAGGUUUGCUCGCGUGGACAUGUGCCAGUGUCUACAUCGAACUUGGGAUUCGUCUCCCGUACAAUGGCGGGCCUCAAGAAUAUCUGUCUCAUUGCUUCAGCGACACUUUUGAUUGCGUUGCUUCAUGGGCUACGAUUUUCAUAAUCAAACCGUGUUCAGCUGCGAUGCUGUCUCUAGUCAUUGCCGAGCACAUAUGCAACGCCAUCCACUCGGCACAAUCGGACUAUCUUAAGUACCCUCUGGCCUUUAUGCUGAUCACAUUCGUCGCGGCUAUAAACUGUAUCAGCAACCGAGCCAGUCAUGCCACGACGAAGGCUGCCCUGACUUGUAAGAUUUUGGGAAUCAGCACCAUUGUCCUGUCCGGUCUUGCGUACUUCUCAUCUCAGGGUGGGCUUCCACAACCCAAAUCCGGUCACGAGGCUUCACAAAUGCCGAGGCAUCUAGGAAAUUAUAGAGAUGCUGUGCUGUCUGCAAUGUGGGCUUACUCGGGGUGGGAAACAUUGUCUUUCGUCGGUGGGGAGCUAAAAGACUCUUCCCGCAACACAUCCCGGGUCAUCAACAGUUCAAUGACAGCAGUCCUCAUUCUUUACUGCCUGGUCAAUCUCGCGUAUUUUUCAGUCUUGUCAAUGACGGAGAUUGUAUCGUCCAACACCAUCGCACUGGUAAGGCUGAAAAUGGCUUCCUUUAGUCUUGCCAAGAUGAUUCUCUCGACACAACGACAGAGUAUGACGGCCUCCACCCUCGAAUAUCUGGUCUGUCUGAGAUUCUGGUGGAAGAACGGGCCUCUCAACAACCCAGAGAGAGUCUAA